ACUGAAAAUUCUUCGGCUAAAUUUAAAGUUAAAUGGAAUAACUAUCUUUUCGAAGAGGUUUUAUCACAUGCUUGGGUGAAAUUUCUUGUUGAGCUCAAAUCGUAUAUAAAUUUGCCUCAAAGUGUGUCUCAAGAUGAUUAUUAUGAAUUUUGGCCGAUUCCAAUCAAAACAAAAAUUUUGACAUCCAGCUACUUUAGAGACCUUCUAAGAAAUGUGAUACAUAAGCUUGAUGCAAAUGAUGAGGUUUUCUACGGAUCUAGAGAGAUGUUAUCGAUCUCACAAGGAUGUUUUAAAGAUGAAUCAUCCGAACCUGAUGGAUCUGAUAUGCAAAGUAUAUUGGACAAGAUCGGAUUUAGAGUUAUCUAUGCUCCUAACGAAAUUAUUGAAAUUAUAAAAGAAUUAAAACUCAAGAAGAAGAUAAGAUUUUACUCUCCAAAAUGCGUUAGCAAAUUUCUUCGUGAUAAUUAUAAUAAAAAUCAAGGAAAUUUAGGAAAAUUGCAGGAUAAAUUGGCGGAUGAAGAGAUUUUGAAAUUAUUUAAUUAUAUAUCGUUAUUAAUCGAUGAUGAGAAUUGUGAAAAUUAUAGAAUGUUGGAAGGCUUAGAAAUGAUUCCAUUGGCCAACGGAAAGUUCAAUGAAUUAAGAAACGAUAGUUUGGUUACUUACUUAUUUCCAGCCGAUAAAAAUGAAAAUGCUCUGCGUGAGAUUUUAAAUAAAUAUUCGGACCGGCUCAUUGCUAAAGAUAUCCCACCUAAUUUAUCGAACUGUUUGGUCAAGCUAGAAAAAAAACGGAUUUUUAAUAUUAAAAUGUUAAAUGAGCAGACCAUUGCUCAUCUAGUUAAAGAUUCUCUGUCAUCUUCUAACAAUAUCGAAAUUAAGAUGAAUAAGCCUCUCGAGUGGAUUAUUCAACUCUGGAAGUAUUUAUGCGAUAGUGAUACUGAUUUGGCUCUUUUUGAAAAUAUUCACAUUAUUCCAACAAAUAACAAUACUCUUAGAAAACUCAAAGUAAAAUCUUUUUUUAAUGGAUCCAAAACUCAAGUAUAUCCUAUUCUAAAAAAGCUAGGCAUAGUUUUCAUAAAUGUGAAAUUUGAAAAUAGUUUAACUUCUUCAUGUAAAAGGCUCUCUAAUUAUAUUCGUGAUAUAAGUGAUAUUAAAUCAGUUUUAUCAUCAUUGAACCCAAAUGGAACAUGCAAUUUGGACUCAUCUGAAGCAGAUAUAUUUAUAAAAUACUUAAAUUCUUUGCAUGGUACUAACCCUUAUUCUAAAGAUCAUAUUAAAGUUAUAAAGCGCUUACCAAUCUUUAAAGAGAUCGGUCGAAAUGAGAUGAUUGAUUUGGAGUUAUAUAAAAGGGAUUUCUAUCUUUUACCACAGGAAUACGAAAAUU